GUCUCAUCGUAUGCUCGCUCCUCCUCGCCUCGUCUUUCUCCUCCAAGAAUCUUUCUUUCCAUGCAACAAUCUUUACCAGUGCUCUUCCUCUCUCUCUCUCUCUCUCUCCACCGUCCUCCUCAUGGCGUGUCUGCCCUCCCUCUCUCUCGCCGCCAGGGUCGGGCUCGACCCAUCUUCGCUGCGCUCGAGAGUCUCCGGUCACGUCUCUCCUCUCGCCGUGGAGAAGCCGCCGGGCAUUUGUUGCGGAACGAAUAACGCCAGCGCUAGCCCAACGGCGACUCUGGAGGUCGAGUCUUUAGACUUCAGAGAAGGGCUCUCCGUGUUGGAAGAUGGGACGGGACUCGGACCCUUUGAUUAUGUCCCCCUUUUGCAAGAAUGCAUGGAGAGGCGUCUGGUUUCUGAUGCUGAAGCUGUUCAUGCCCACAUCAUUAAAACGGGAGCCUGUGAAGAUUUGUAUGUCAUGACGUUCCUUGUGAAUGUUUAUGCGCAAUGCGGGGCUAUGAUUGCUGCCCGUAAGGUUUUUGACGGUCUGCCGAGGAGAAACGUCGUUACCUGGACGACCCUGAUCACGGGUUAUGUCCACAACUCUGAGCCAGAGCUCGCCAUCCGAGUCUACCUGGAAAUGUUAGAAACAGGGUCUUAUCCUACCAAUUAUACCUUGGGGAUCGCUCUGAAUGCGUGUUCCUCUUUGAGAUCUCUGGAACUGGGGAAACAAAUUCACGCCUACAUAGUUAAGUACCGGAUUGAACAGGAUGCGAGCAUUGGCAAUGCACUUUGUAGCUUGUACUCCAAAUUUGGCAACUUAGAUUAUGCUGUUAAAACUUUCAGAGGUAUUACGGAGAAGAAUGUGAUUUCUUGGACUGCUAUUAUAUCUGCUUGCAGCGAAAAUGGCAAGGCUGCUUCUGGGUUGAGUUUCUUCAGUGAGAUGCUUUGGGAGAAUGUUGAACCCAAUGAGUUCACCUUAACUUGUGUUUUAAGCCUUUGUUGUACAGUGAUGUCUUUGAGUUUAGGGAAACAGGUUCACUCCUUGAGCAUAAAGCGUGGUUAUCAAUUGAACCUACCAGUUAGGAAUUCUGCGAUGUAUUUGUACCUCAAGUGUGGGUUGGUAGAUGAGGCAUACAAAUUGUUCAAUGAAAUUGAAUCCUCCAGCUUGGUCACGUGGAACGCCAUCAUUGCAGGGCACGUGCAAAUUAUGGAUUUUGCAUCUGACAAUCUUUCUGCAUACCAAGGUGGGACAAGAGCUCUGGAGAUCUUUUUGAGAAUGAUCCACUCUGGCCUGAAGCCUGAUCUUUUCACGUUUUCAAGUGUCUUGACUUUAUGCAGUAAAUUGGUAGCACAAGAGCAAGGGGAGCAGAUUCAUGCGCAGACUAUCAAAACCGGGUGUUUGUCGGAUGUUGUGGUGGGGAGUGCACUGGUUAACAUGUACAGUAAAUGUGGGAGCAUUAGAAGAGCGAGUAAAGCUUUUGUGGAGAUGUCCACCAGAACUUUGAUAUCAUGGACUACCAUGAUCACGAAUUUUGCCAUUCAUGGUAAAACUCAGCAAGCCCUGCAACUCUUUGAGGACAUGAGACUUGUGGGUGUCAAACCCAAUCAAAUUACUUUCGUUGGCGUCUUGGCGGCUUGUGGUCAUUCUCUAAUGGUAGAUGAGGCCCUGAACUACUUUGAGAUGAUGCAGAAGGAAUAUAGAAUUAAGCCUGUCAUGGACCACUUCGAGUUGCUGGUUGACAUGUUUGUGAUGUCGGGUAGGAUAGACGAAGCCUUUGAUUUAAUCAAGAAAAUGCAUUAUGAGCCGAAUGAGUUUAUCUGGUCGGCUUUAAUUACUGGAGCUAGACUUCAUAGAAAUCCGGAAUUAGGGCUUUAUGCAGCUGAGCGGUUGAUCAAGUUAGAGCCAAGAGAUAGUGAAACUUGCAUACCAUUGUUGAAGAUGUACAGAGCAGUAGAGAGGUGGAUAGACAUGUCGAAUGUGGAAAAAUUGAUGAGAGAAUUGCAACCCGUAAAACUAAGAGACUGGAGCUGGAUUUGCAUCAAAGGCAAGGUCUACUCGUUCGAGCCAAAUGAGCAGUUUUGUCCUGGUAAUAAUAUGGAGAUGCACAUGCUGUUGGAAGACUUGCUUGGUCGAGCAAAGACACUUGGAUAUGAAUUUUCGGGGAGUUCAGAGCUAAAGGAUAAUGAGGACGCAAAUAUAUCCUCUAGGAUUCACCAGAGUGAAGAAUUCGCUAUUGCUUUUGGAUUAUUGAACACACCAAAAGCGGCACCAAUACAGAUAAUCAAGAAUACUAGUAUGUGCCAAAACUGCCAUGAUUUUAUCAAAUGCCUAUCGAUUCUAACUGCUAGGAAAAUUGUCAUCCAAGAUCGGAAGAGGCUCCAUAAAUUUGUUGAUGGAAAGUGCUCGUGUGGAGAUUUCUGGGGCCUUCUUUAAAUUUUUCUCUUUCCUCACGAUCUGGAUGGCCUGCUAUAAUAGAAAAGCUACCUGGUUGCUAACA